AUGAGCUUCGCUCAUCGAUAUACAGAUUCAAAUUCAAAGCCAUUUCAAUGUCGUCAAUGUGGAAGAUCCUUUGGCCGCCAGGAUGUUCUGGGCAGACAUUUGAGAUUACACACGGGCAGUAGUAGCUCGACACAGUACCAGAAUCCAACGCCCGAGACUGGAACUCUACAGCAUGAUCAAGGCCAAGCUCAAGGGACGCCUACUCCUGUAGCCAUGACCUGUCUCUCACAGGUUGAACCGGCUGGCCUGUCAAAUUUUCCAGAGCCGCAUAAUUGGCUAGAUUCUGACAACCUACUUGAAUGGUUGAUGUCUGAUACGAACGGAAACUCUACCAUACCGCUACCAUUGGUAGACUUCCCAGGGGCAUCUAGCGCAAGCGAGUAUAUAGGCUUGCCAGUGCCCGGAGACUUGGAAUUAGCACAAGCACCACAGGGCCCUGGAAAUAUGGCGCUGAGCCAGAUAUACAAGCUCAUCGAUGAUCUAUCUCGAAGAUUAAAUUCCGAGGUUCAUCAUUCAGGAUUUACCUCGUCAUUUUUAGAUGCCUGUCUCGACGAGUUCUUUAAACGGGUAUCGCCAAGUUUUCCAGUCAUUCACGAACAGACAUUUACUCUGCAAAAGUCAAUACCGCCUCUUCUUUUGAACAUGGUCGCCCUGGGGUCUUUAUUCGUUUUCGAGACGGGCGCAUUGGAGAAAGGAGAGAUGCUUUGGCGCCUUGGUCAUACGGCAGUCGCCACCUCAUGGCAAACAUUGAUUGAAACCAGAGGGCCAUGGGAUGCGUAUGACGGAGUUCAACUUGUGCUCACCGCAUUACUGGGACAGACAUAUGCGUUGCUUUCUAGCAAUUCCAAUAUACGGACAACAGCAUCUGUGUUCCAUGGCCUAGGCUUCUAUUGGGCGAGGACGUCAGGAAUGUACAAUGUCAGUGAGGUCUUACCGGAAGAUCUACCAACUCUGCAGAUGUCGGACGAGGAGAAGAAUACCGCAUGGAGAAGCUGGGCUGCAAUAGAGGUUCAACGACGGGCUAUACUUGGCCACUAUGUUCUUGAUGGUCUCAUAUCGCAAGCAUCUGGCUCUCCAGCUAGCGCAAGGCAUCUGAUUAAUAGGAUCGGAACAGCCUGCUCCGAUGAAGCAUUUGAAGCGCCAACUGCUGAUGAAUGGAUUGUUGAAAUGCAAAAAUCAGCCAAGGGAAAUCCAAUGUCGGAAGCUUUUGCUCGCGUUUUCUCGUCUAAUUAUGCUACCAAUCCGCUGCAACUCUCUCACUUCUCAAUAUUUGUUAUCAUUGAGGGGUUGCAAUCCUUGAUAUCUGACUUAUAUGAAGCAAAAGGACAGGUUUUUGGCACUGUAUCAAAGAAACAGAUCAUCCAAGCGAUGCUGAAUAUUUUCGAAGGAAAUAUUAUGUCUAGGUCCGAGGCUUCUAAUGUGCAUCAUCUUCAGGUAUUCAUCCGAUGGCAUUCUGUGUUCAUCGAAGCGACUGCACCAUCGAUAUCAAUAUAUCGAUGGCUGUGUAGUCAAUUCAAUUUACCCCAGGUACUUGGUGGUGUACAUGCCAAAGGCCAUCUUGGAGAAUUCGAUCUUCACUCUUGGGCUGCGAAGGCGGAUGCUCUUCGAGCAACUCUUCAUGCAAUCUCAGUUACUAGGAUUCUGGAUAACUUGCCUCUCAGCCAGGCAUACACUAUGCAUAUACCCACGGCGGUAUUUACAUCGGCGGUUGUAAUGACCGCCAUGUGUCUUCUCAACCGGAAAGUUAUCGAAGUUCCGGAAAGCUACGCAUGGUCGGAUGUUUGGACCUCUCAACUCCACGGGGAAUCUGCUUCGCCAAAUCAUGAAACUAUUGAAGAAUUCUUGGGAGGACUAAAUCCAAACAACGAAAAGGUCAUGGUUUCGAUAAACCUCUUGGGCGAGAUCAAUUCACUGCAAAUAAUCCUAAAAACUGUCGCGUCGAGAUGGGGUGUAUCCGCUCAGAUGAACGAUAUUAUUGGAAGAUUGGCAGAUAUUGCCCGUGAGAAUCAUGGCCAGAGUGUAUUAAAUUAA